UACCUUACUUUCUGACUAUUGCAGGUGCCUUCGCUUGCAAGAUGGUACCGUUUGUUCAAUCCACUGCUAUUGUAACUGAGAUUCUUACAAUGACCUGCAUUGCUGUGGAAAGACACCAGGGAAUUGUACAUCCACUAAAAAUGAAGUGGCAGUACACCAAUAAAAGAGCUUUCACCAUGCUUGGUGUGGUUUGGUUGCUGGCACUUAUUGUUGGGUCACCUAUGUGGCAUGUGCAACGGCUUGAGGUUAAAUAUGACUUCCUAUAUGAAAAAGUGUACGUGUGUUGCUUGGAAGAAUGGGCCAGUCCGAUUUAUCAGAAGAUAUAUACGACCUUUAUUCUUGUUAUACUCUUCCUUCUUCCACUGAUGUUGAUGCUUUUUUUGUACACUAAAAUUGGCUAUGAACUCUGGAUUAAGAAACGAGUGGGAGAUGCUUCAGUCCUUCAAACCAUUCAUGGGAGUGAAAUGUCUAAAAUAUCAAGGAAGAAGAAGCGAGCAAUUGUUAUGAUGGUGACAGUGGUGUUUCUCUUUGCAGUCUGUUGGGCCCCUUUCCAUGUGAUUCACAUGAUGAUAGAAUACAGUAAUUUUGAAAAGGAGUAUGACGAUGUGACAGUCAAAAUGACCUUUGCAAUUGUCCAGAUUAUAGGAUUCUUCAAUUCUAUUUGCAACCCUAUUGUGUAUGCUUUCAUGAAUGAAAACUUCAAGAAAAAUUUUUUGUCUGCUAUCUGCUUCUGCAUUGUCAAAGAAAAUGCAUCACCAACCAGGCAACUUGGGAACUUGGGGAUUACUAUGAGGCAGCAAAAGGCGAGUGUUUCUCAAAGAGAUCCCAUUGACUCGGAUGAAGUCAGGAGGGAGGCAUUCAAUGAUGGCAACAUUGAAGUCAAGUUCUGCGACCAGCCAGCUUCAAAAAGGAAUUUGAAAAGGCACCUUGCCUUAUUCAGCUCUGAGCUUACUGUGCAUUCUGCAUUAGGAAAUGGACAGUAGCAUCACAGAGGUUUUGAGAAUGGAAGAAGCAUUCUCUUUAUAUGGAACUUUCAAUAAGCCAUUUAAAAUAGUUUUCUACUUUGCAUGCUGAAAUGAGGGGAAAAAUAUUUUGUGGAUGAUUAUUAUAAUGCUGGGAUCGUGGUUGAGAAAAUGUAAUAUAUUUUAUAAGGAUGAGGAGUAAAACUUAACAAUAUUAGUGUAUAAUUUCUAGGAAAAAACCCACAUUUUUCUUCCUAAGCUAAUUUAGGGCUUGUUUGCCCUCUGCUUUAGGUGAACCAAACAACUAUUACUUGCUCUGUUUGUUCUGUGUCUGGAUGCUGGCACACUGCUGGGCCAUUCACAGCUGGAUGCCAGAAGAUAGGAACUAUGGAGAUAGCACGCACUUUUUUUGAACAACUUGGAAAUCUGACAUGGUUCUAACAUUGGAAGAUUUGCUCUCUGCAGCUCCAAGGACAGAGGAGCUUCAUGUCUGAGUUCAGGAAAAAUGCAGACUGUGAUGCAAUUUUAUUU